AUGUCUUCUCCUACUUGGAUAGAUUUGUCUCAUCACAAUAGUAAUGGAAAUUUGAAAAGUCUAGACACGCUAUGUCCUGUGGCAGAAACUGAGAAAUUUGAUUUUUCUAAAGUGUUAGAUAAGCCAAGGACUUUGAACAUUGAGAGACAAAGAUCAUGUGAUGAAAGAUCAACGAGUGAACUAUCAAUAGGCCUUUCUCCUCGGUUACUGGCCACAAAAAUUGAUAUCUUUUCUCGCUUUGGAGAUCAUCUUGAUUCUCCUAUACAAAAAUCAGGUCUUAACACUCCAAGAUCAUUGAUAUUGGACUCUAAUUCAAUAUUGCCUGAAGCUUGGGAAGCUCUGAGGCGUUCCUUGGUACGUUUUCGUGGUGAGCCUGUUGGGACAAUUGCUGCCAUGGAAGAUUCUGAUGAGAAGCUUAACUAUGACCAGGUUUUUGUAAGAGACUUUGUUCCAAGUGCUUUGGCUUUUUUGAUGCACGGGGAACCAGACAUUGUCAAGAAUUUUCUCUUAAAGACUCUUCGGCUUCAAUCAUGGGAGAAAAAGAUUGACAGGUUUCAGCUGGCAGAAGGGGUGAUGCCUGCUAGUUUUAAGGUGUUCCAUGAUCCAGUCAGAAACCGCGAAACCCUGAUAGCAGAUUUUGGUGAAAGUGCAAUAGGCAGGGUUGCUCCUGUUGAUUCUGGAUUUUGGUGGAUUAUAUUACUUCGUGCAUACACGAAAUCUACAGGAGACUCUUCUUUGGCUGAACAGCCUGAAUGUCAAAAGGGUAUGCGCUUGAUUCUGAGUUUAUGCUUGUCAGAGGGUUUUGAUACAUUUCCAACAUUACUAUGUGCUGAUGGGUGCUGUAUGAUUGAUCGUAGAAUGGGUGUUUAUGGGUAUCCAAUUGAAAUUCAAGCAUUGUUCUUCAUGUCUUUAAGAUGUGCCUUGCAAUUGCUUAAGCCAGAUCCUGAAGGGAAAGAGUUUAUGGAACGAAUUAUAAAACGCUUGCAUGCCUUAAGCUAUCAUAUGAGAAGCCACUUUUGGUUGGAUUUGAAGCAACUUAAUGAUAUAUAUCGCUUCAAAACAGAAGAGUACUCACAUACUGCAGUGAACAAGUUCAAUGUUAUUCCAGAUUCUUUACCAGAUUGGAUUUUUGAUUUCAUGCCUCAUCACGGUGGAUACUUUAUUGGGAAUGUGAGUCCAGCUAGGAUGGAUUUCCGCUGGUUUUGCCUUGGUAAUUGCAUUGCAAUUUUGUCCUGCUUGGCAACUCCUGAGCAGUCAGUUGCAAUCAUGGAUCUCAUUGAAUCACGGUGGGAGGAACUAAUUGGGGAUAUGCCUGUCAAAGUUUGUUAUCCAGCCCUUGAAACCCAUGAAUGGAGAAUCAUAACAGGAUGUGACCCAAAAAAUACUAGAUGGAGUUACCACAAUGGGGGAUCUUGGCCAGUUAUGUUAUGGUUUUUGUCUGCGGCGGCCAUCAAAACGGGGCGACCCCAAAUUGCAAAACGUGCCCUACAAAUUGCUGAGGCCAGAUUGCUAAAAGAUAACUGGCCUGAAUAUUACGAUGGAACGCAUGGUCGAUACAUUGGGAAGCAGGCUCGAAAAUGCCAAACAUGGUCUAUUGCUGGUUACUUGGUGGCUAGGAUGAUGCUUGAUGACCCUUCACAUUUAGGUAUCAUAGCACUUGAAGAAGACAGACAGCUAAAGCAGUCUGUGCACAAGAGAUCAAAUUCAUGGACUUCGUGA